AGUAGUACAGUAUAAAACUUCAGAGUGCCAAAACCAUGAAGAGGAACUCCUCAGACAGCUCUUACCACAUGAUCCAAGAGUCUGCUGGUGGAAGAGAGAAGACCGGAAAGAGAAUUUGCUGAAGAGGAGAAGGUGAAAAAAUAAAAUAAAAUAAAAAAAAAGAAAGAAAGAAAGAAAGAGAGAAAGAAAAAACAACACAACACAACAACAACAACAAAACCUGUGCGCGAGGGGGGAGGAAAAGCAGGGCCUUUUAAAAAGGCAAUCACAACAACUUUUGCUGCCAGGAUGCCCUUGCUUUGGCUGCGAGGAUUUCUGUUGGCGAGUUGCUGGAUUAUAGUGAAGAGCUCCCCCACCCCGGGAUCCGAGGGGCACGGCGCGGCCCCCGACUGCCCGUCCUGCGCGCUGGCCGCCCUCCCAAAGGACGUGCCCAACUCUCAGCCGGAGAUGGUGGAGGCCGUCAAGAAGCACAUUCUGAACAUGCUGCACUUGAAGAAGAGACCCGAAGUCACGCAGCCGGUGCCCAAGGCGGCGCUUCUGAACGCCAUCCGAAAGCUCCAUGUGGGCAAAGUGGGGGAGAACGGGUACGUGGAGAUAGAGGAUGACAUCGGCAGGAGGGCAGAAAUGAAUGAACUCAUGGAGCAGACCUCGGAGAUCAUCACGUUCGCGGAAUCAGGCACAGCCAGGAAAACGCUGCACUUUGAGAUUUCCAAAGAAGGCAGUGACCUGUCCGUGGUGGAGCGAGCCGAAGUCUGGCUCUUCCUCAAAGUCCCCAAGGCCAACAGGACCAGGACCAAAGUCACCAUCCGGCUUUUGCAGAAGCACCCGCAGGGCAGCGCAGACGCAGGGGAGGACGCCGAGGAGAUGGGCUUCGCGGAGGAGAGGAACGAAGUGUUGAUAUCGGAAAAGGUGGUGGACGCACGCAAGAGCACCUGGCACAUCUUCCCGGUGUCCAGCAGCAUCCAGCGGUUGCUGGACCAGGGCAGGAGCUCCCUGGACGUUCGGAUUGCCUGCGAGCAGUGCCACGAGACGGGCGCCAGCCUGGUGCUCCUGGGCAAGAAGAAGAAGAAGGAGGAGGAGGGGGAGGGGAAGAAGAAGGACGGAGCAGACGGAGGGGCAGGGGGGGACGAGGACAAGGAGCAGUCCCACAGACCUUUCCUCAUGCUGCAGGCCCGCCAGUCGGAAGACCACCCCCACCGGCGGCGGCGGCGGGGCCUGGAGUGCGACGGCAAGGUCAACAUCUGCUGUAAGAAACAGUUCUUUGUCAGCUUCAAGGACAUCGGCUGGAACGACUGGAUCAUCGCUCCCUCCGGCUAUCACGCCAACUACUGCGAGGGCGAGUGCCCGAGCCACAUAGCGGGCACUUCGGGGUCCUCGCUCUCCUUCCACUCGACCGUCAUCAACCAUUACCGAAUGCGGGGGCACAGCCCGUUCGCCAACCUCAAGUCGUGCUGUGUGCCCACCAAGCUGAGACCCAUGUCCAUGCUGUACUAUGACGAUGGGCAGAACAUCAUCAAGAAGGACAUUCAGAACAUGAUAGUGGAGGAGUGCGGGUGCUCAUAGAGCGCCCGGCCCCGGGGGACGGGGAGUCAGAGCGGUCCAGAGAAGACAGUGGCGAGAUGAAGAAAUGUUUAAGGUUUCUGAGUUAAACAAGCAGAAAAAAAAAAAAAAAAAAAAAAAAAAAGAAAUUAAAAAAAAAAAUAAACUAAAAACAAAACCUGAAACAGAUGAAGGAAGAUGUGGAAAAAUUCCUUAGCCAGAGCUCAGAGAUGAAGCAGUGAACCAGAUGGGAAUUGGGAGGGAGAGGGAGAACAGCGCCCCCUUCAUUUCUUCUGAUAUCAAGGUGAUGACGUCAGUUGCUUACCCGGGAGUAUUGUCCCCUCCUUUUCAGUCCCCUUUUCAGUGUGAGCCUCGAAGUCGACUUGUCUAGUCUGCAAUAACGUGGGCAGGCACAACCCAAAUAGCAUCUAGAAAGCCAUGAGUUUGGAAGAGCCAGUUACCCAGGUUGUAAGGUAUGUCUGUGUGGCCCUCUCUCUGUGUAUAUCAGCCCGUGCAUACACGCACACAGACACACACACACACAAACACACACACACACAUCCACACACAGAGGCAUUUCCACACGACACGUGCAUACACGUACAGGCAAGGGAACAGUAGUAUGAGGUGGUCACACUUCUCUUUUCUGCACCAGUUUUGCGACAAAGCAAAACAAAACAAAAACCAACCUAAAAACAGAACAAAACGAAACAAAACAAACAUUUGAGACCAAGAAUGGGAAGAGAGCAAAAUCAAGGAACAAAGAAUACCAAGUUACAUUUCGUUAAGGUGCUUAUGAUCUUAGUACUAUGCAACCUAAUAGGUUUGAAACUGUUUACCUGAGAGAGAACAAAAUGAGAGACUUUUUUGUAUUGGAAGUAACCUGAUUAAUUUUUAUUUUCUUCAAGGAGAGAUACUUGAAAGGAAUAUGUUUGUCCAUCUGUUGGAUCCAAACAUUUCUAUAUUUUGUAAAUGUUGUUUUUUUUUUUAUCGUUUACUAUUUGCACUACAAUGGUGUUUGACCUGUCUAAUCCUUAUUUAACAAGUAUUUUCUUUGGGUGGGGGUUGGGGGGGUUAAGAGCUGCACUUAAUGUGAGCUAUAAGAGAACUGCUACAGCACACAAAAUAGCUAUUUUUAUUAUUAUAAUUAUAAUUAUUAUUAUUAUUUUGUACCUUAAAAAAUAGACACAUACACCAAAGACAUUUGUGUGAGCCUUUAAACAGUCUGUCUGUGGUUGGUAUCAUUCACCAUCAGUGAGUCAGGGGUUGGGAUUCAAGGCGGAGUAGGGUGGAUGGCGUUCAGGCUGGAGAGACCUGAGAAGUUUGGUUUUUUGACUCCUUUGACAUCCAUGAAACGGGACAUUUCAUACUGGAUGUACAGUAGUUGUACACUGUCGGCUAUCAUAGAAUACUACAUGCUUGUCCGUGUAUAUGUACAUGGCUUGUGCAUAUGCAUACCUGUGUGUAUAUAAACAUGGAUCGCAUCAUAUGCCCAUGCACAUUUUAAGCACGUCAGGCUGUCAUUUUGUAAUGUUCUUAAAGCAAUGAAUGUUUGUGUGCAAAACACAGUAUUUUUAAGAAGGAUAGGCUAUCGUUUUUGCUUUUCCUCUGAACUAGGUGGACACAUUUUCAAAAAUGUGGAUGGGAAGAAGCCUGGAAACUCCAGUGACUAUUUUCAGCAAGACCCUCUUUCAUUGUGCAGGGACCCAGCUCCCUCCUCUUUCUUGCCCCCCCAAUCCCCCCAGAUAUUUCCUGUGGGGAAAACAGGAAACUCAUGUUCUUCAAGGUUCUAGGCUGAUGUGUGUGUGUGUGUGUGUGUGUGUGUGUGUGUGUGUGACUUAUAUUUAUUAUCUAUUGGAAUCAAUCUUAAAUCAGAAAGCUUUUUCAGAAAGAAAAAAAAUUCAUCUUUAGGCCAAAAUAAGAGUUGGGUACUUUUUCGGGGGGAGAGGGGGGUGAUUUAGGCCUAAUUGUGAGAAAUAUGACUUGCUGGGCUAAAUAAUAUUGCUGUCACUAAUUAAAAGAUAAAUAACUUGGGGGAAAAGUCUUAAGAGAUUAGGAAUAAGAAAGAGAACUGCAGGGUGGCAUCAGUGGUAAAAAUCCCUAAUAUUUUAAUUUACAGCCAAAACUCUUGGUAUAUAAGUUUGUAUGUAUUGACUCAGAUGCAAAAAAGAAAAAAAAAAAAACUUUGUUUUAUAAAUAUCAAAGUACAUGCUUAAAGCUAAAUUUCUACUAAUUUAUUCCACAGUAUUUAGCUUGCCUAGAAUAGCUAAUAAGUUAUUCAUUUAUAUGCUUUUAAAAAUACAGAGCCUUAUUUUUACUGACUUGUUUGAAGUUUGCAAAAACUGAAAAAAAUACUAAUAAUUUGGAAAAAUUGCAUCCGUUAGUAUUUUGUAAAAUAAUGAAGCUUUCAGAAAGUCAAUGUCAAUUCAUAGAUUUUUUUUUAAAUUAACUGUAGAAAAAUAAAAUAGUGAGAAACCAAACAUUACUAAAAGGUGGUUUAACUCUUCUUGAGAUAGUCAUACUAAAUUGGUGUACUAGAACACUAGGCUGUAUGUAGGCAAAUCAUUAACGUUGUUCCUGGGUAGAUAUACUUAUUACAUCUUGAGGUCCCCCCUUUCUUAUGCAGAAAUAGAACAUGUACACCAUGGGAGUGGACUCUAAAUGUAAGAGGGAGUAAGUUGGUACUUGCUUCCUCACUCUUAACCAUUGACCAGGAAAUCAUUCAGGGCGAGGAAAGUGGGCAUGGUGAGGGAAGUUUCAAAUUUGCAUGAAAACUUAGAAGGCCUUUUGGACUGCUGCUUAUUUGGUAGUGGCACUAAUAAUGGAAUCCAUGAAAAUAGUUUGGGGAACCAAGUCCUAGUUCACAGUGCACUAGCAGGAAUGUCCAAGUCAGUGGGAAAAGCUGGAUGCUUGAAAGAUAGCUGAUACUUGUUUGUGGCUCCCAUUCAUCUCAAGUGUGUGUGCCAUCUUGUUUAAGCCCUUUAAAAGAGUGCUCAACACAGGGGGCAUAAGAUGGAGUUUGAUUAGUGGCUAUAAUAAUUGGUAGCAGAGCAAAACAAAAUUCCAUAUGACAAUAUUUUAAUGGGAUGUGUUAGUUAAAAUUAAAUUAUUGGGUUGUCAAACAUCUCCAAACUUCGACAUUUCAUUAAACUUAAGUGGCCUUGAAAUAGAAUGAUAAAUUGCUGCUAUCUUUAAUAAUCUUGGAAGAUAUGCAGGCUUGUAAACAACCACACUUUUCUUGUAGCAGCAAGAGGCCAAAAGAAAAAGCUUUCAACUUCAACCAUAUUGGGUUCCUCACAGUAGGUUUUCCUUAAAACAGGGUGGCUCUAUCUGAUCUUAGCAUCUCUCUACUCUUUCUCUAAGGCUAAUCUCUAGGCUCUUAAAAAUCUACUCAUACCAAUCUUUAAAACUCUGAAAAAUAUUUGUUCCCAAGUAUUUUUUAAGAAUGAUAAAUAUUUGAUAGUUUGGAUUCUUC